GGUGUCCCCAUCAGAGUGCCCCCUUACAUCAGGUGUCCCCAUCAGAGUCCUCCUUACAUCAGGUGUCCCCAUCAGAGUGCCCGCUUACAUCAGGUGUCCCCAUCAGAGUACUCCCUUACAUCAGAUGUCCCCAUCAGAGUGCCCCCUUACAUCAGGUGUUCCCAUCAGAGUGCCCGCUUACAUCAGAUGUCCCCAUCAGAGUGCCCCCUUACAUCAGGUGUCCCCAUCAGAUCAGGUGUCCCCAUCAGAGUACUCCCUUAUAUCAGGUAUUCCCAUCAGAGUGCCCCCUUACAUCAGAGUCCUCCUUACAUUAGAUGUCCCCAUCAGAGUGCCCCCUUACAUCAGGUGUCCCCAUCAGGGUCCUCCUUACCUCAGUUGUCCGCAUCAGAGUGCCCCCUUACAUCAGAUGUUCCCAUCAGAGUGCCCCCUUACAUC